AUGCGCACGUAUCUCGCCCCAGAGUUGCCGCCUGAGAGCGUCCUUGUCGUCGGAGGAAGGGCCGUGCUCUUCGCGGUCAAGGGCCGCGUCCAGGAAGGCGCGGAACCGCUUCAGCUCAGCGGCGUCGCUGGCAUCUUGGUGUGGGUGGUGACCACUCCAUUGAGGAACGUCUCGUGGGCGUUCCUAGACAACGUCGUCGACAACGGUCGGGCAGUCUACUUCUUCGCGUACACCUGUGGUGAUAGGUACCUUGAAGCUGCGCGGAACGCUAACGCCUUGUCGCUACCUCCGCUGGAGUAUGCGUGUGCUCUGAUCUCGUUGGCGUUCCUGAUUCCUAUCGCUGUGCUGCAAGAUUAUGAGGCACGAUUUGGGAUAACGGGACGGCUGUGCUUGAGGUGGUGUGAGGCGUUCCACCACUCCUGCUGUUUGUUCGUACCUGACGCAGUACAACUACUCUGGGUGUCUACCUGCAAGUACGCCCGAGCUACAGGGGAAGCUACGGUGGCAGUGAUCGAGAGGACUGGCGAUUUCUUGAUGGGUAUCUACUUGGCUUCCUCGUUGUUGUUAUCUCUGUUGGUGUACCUGCCUCGACUGGUGUAUGAGAGCGUAGAAGGCAUACUAGGAGGACCGCUUGGCGUUGUCUUGUUGGCUGUUACAGCCAUGGGCUGCGUUAUUAUUGGACGUGUCGCCCCUGUAGGAGGACCGGGCUGGGGACGCCGUGAGGAGAGAGAACGCGCCAGCUUGGAGCGUCUACGUGGAACGCCUAAGAAAGGAACGCCGACGGAGACUCAAGAUGGGGGUACAAAGCCUGUUGGAACGCCGACGGGUGGCGUUCCAGAAGUGGUUGCUGGUGAGACCGUGCGACCGGCAGUGGAGGGAACAACUCGGCGAGGACGCCGAGGGUCGGUCGGGGAGAAUUGUCACGGUCUACAGCUAGAAGGAGGUCUCGCCAUUCUCGCGGACUGCAUCCAGAAAGUCUGCUCAAUACAGGGUCAAAGAGCUACAUCCGACAAGACAGGACAAGAGGAGCAGACGUCGGCGUUCCACGUCUAG